AUGGUUCAAGACUGGUGGCUUCCUCCUCGUGACUACGUCGGCUACGGCUUCGAGUCACCCAAAGUCCUCUGGCCGGGGAACAAGGUCAUUGCGGUUUCAUUCGUACUCAACUACGAGGAAGGCGCGGAACAUACACCAUGGAACGGUGAUGACCAAAGCUGCGACUCGUUACAUGAGCUGCAUUACAACCGUCCGGCAAUACAUGGCGGCAAGAGAGACGGAGUAGUCGAGGAUAUGAUUGCAUGCCACGGCAACAGAUGGCGCAUUCAUGGCACAAAUUUGGCAGAAGCCAAAGCCCAUUUUCAUAAGUCCUUUGACCGCUUGCAGGCCACGACCGGGCUCAGCGAUGUGCCCACAGGUUGGUUCGGCGGGGGCUUGCCCAACCAUACAAAGCUGGCCCGCGCCGAGGUGCAUCGUGAACGCGGUGUGCCCCUGCUAUACUGCUCCGACACGUACGCCGCUGAUGUGCCGUACUGGGUCCGAGAUCCCUAUGCGGCGGUGUACGGUGGCGAGGAUAAUGGCAUGUUGAUGAUACCUUACUCAUUGUGCACUAACGACCAUCGUUUCUUUGUGGCUCAGGGGGCCGGUGUUUCCAAGCCCGACGACUGGUUCGAGCUUCUCAGGGCUGAGUUUGACCAGCUGUACGAAGAAGGCCAGGCUGGUGCCCCCAAGAUGAUGACUAUCGCCAUGCACAACCGUUUUGUAUGCAAACCUGGCCGGAUUAUGGCGCUCAAGAGGUUCAUGGCAUAUGUUGCGACUAAGCCUGAUGCAUGGGUUUGCACAAGGCGGGAGAUCGCAGCACAUUGGAGGCAGCAUUACCCCUAUGAGAAAGUUGGCCCAACAGAUCUACUACAUCCUACACUUGAUGCGAGCAGCUGA